AUGGACGGAAAAAGCCGACAGGACAAGACAGGCAGGAAGGGACACAGGACAAGACAGGCAGGAAUCAAUGGGACACAGGACAAGACAGGCAGGAAGGGACACAGGACAAGACAGGCAGGAAUCAAUGGGACACAGGACAAGACAGGCAGGAAGGGACACAGGACAAGACAGGCAGGAAGGGACACAGGACAAGACAGGCAGGAAUCAAUGAGACACAGGACAAGACAGGCAGGAAGGGACACAGGACAAGACAGGCAGGAAUCAAUGGGACACAGGACAAGACAGGCAGGAAUCAAUGGGACACAGGACAAGACAGGCAGGAAGGGACACAGGACAAGACAGGCAGGAAGGGACACAGGACAAGACAGGCGGGAAUCAAUGGGACACAGGACAAGACAGACAGGAAUCAAUGGGACACAGGACAAGACAGGCAGGAAGGGACACAGGACAAGACAGGCAGGAAGGGACACGGGACAAGACAGGCAGGAGGGGACACAGGACAAGACAGACAGGAAUCAAUGGGACACAGGACAAGACAGGCAGGAAGGGACACAGGACAAGACAGGCAGGAAGGGACACAGGACAAGACAGGCAGGAAGGGACACAGGACAAGACAGGCAGGAAUCAAUGGGACACAGGACAAGACAGGCAAGAAUCAAUGGGACACAGGACAAGACAGGCAGGAAGGGACACAGGACAAGACAGGCAGGAAUCAAUGGGACACAGGACAAGACAGGCAAGAAUCAAUGGGACACAGGACAAGACAGGCAGGAAUCAAUGGGACACAGGACAAGACAGGCAAGAAUCAAUGGGACACAGGACAAGACAGGCAGGAAGGGACACAGGACAAGACAGGCAGGAAUCAAUGGGACACAGGACAAGACAGGCAGGAAGGGACACAGGACAAGACAGGCAGGAAGGGACACAGGACAAGACAGGCAGGAAUCAAUGGGACACAGGACAAGACAGGCAGGAAUCAAUGGGACACAGGACAAGACAGGCAGGAAGGGACACAGGACAAGACAGGCAGGAAGGGACACAGGACAAGACAGGCAGGAAUCAAUGGGACACAGGACAAGACAGGCAAGAAUCAAUGGGACACAGGACAAGACAGGCAGGAAGGGACACAGGACAAGACAGGCAGGAAGGGACACAGGACAAGACAGGCAGGAAUCAAUGAGACACAGGACAAGACAGGCAGGAAGGGACACAGGACAAGACAGGCAGGAAUCAAUGGGACACAGGACAAGACAGGCAGGAAUCAAUGGGACACAGGACAAGACAGGCAGGAAGGGACACAGGACAAAACAGGCAGGAAGGGACACAGGACAAGACAGGCGGGAAUCAAUGGGACACAGGACAAGACAGGCAGGAAUCAAUGGGACACAGGACAAGACAGGCAAGAAUCAAUGGGACACAGGACAAGACAGGCAGGAAGGGACACAGGACAAGACAGGCAGGAAUCAAUGGGACACAGGACAAGACAGGCAAGAAUCAAUGGGACACAGGACAAGACAGGCAAGAAUCAAUGAGACACAGGACAAGACAGGCAAGAAUCAAUGGGACACAGGACAAGACAGGCGGGAAUCAAUGGGACACAGGACAAGACAGGCAAGAAUCAAUGGGACACAGGACAAGACAGGCAGGAAGGGACACAGGACAAGACAGGCAGGAAGGGACACAGGACAAGACAGGCGGGAAUCAAUGGGACACAGGACAAGACAGACAGGAAUCAAUGGGACACAGGACAAGACAGGCAGGAAGGGACACAGGACAAGACAGGCAGGAAGGGACACGGGACAAGACAGGCAGGAGGGGACACAGGACAAGACAGGCAGGAAGGGACACAGGACAAGACAGGCAGGAAGGGACACAGGACAAGACAGGCAGGAAGGGACACAGGACAAGACAGGCAGGAAGGGACACAGGACAAGACAGGCAGGAAGGGACACAGGACAAGACAGACAGGAAUCAAUGGGACACAGGACAAGACAGGCAGGAAGGGACACAGGACAAGACAGGCAGGAAGGGACACAGGACAAGACAGGCAGGAAGGGACACAGGACAAGACAGGCAGGAAUCAAUGGGACACAGGACAAGACAGGCAGGAAGGGACACAGGACAAGACAGGCAGGAAUCAAUAACAACUCCUUCUCUCCCCUGCUCAACACCUUCGCGUCUCCUCAACCUCCCCCUCCCGCUAGAUACCCCUUUUUUACAGCAGAAAACGUACACACGCCCGUACUGCUCGUCUGA